GUGAUCCUUACAUGGUUCUCAUCAAUUACAAACCCAUCUCUUAUCUACUUAUACCAUCCGGAAACCCAUGCCUUUAAAUCUCCUUUAUCAGUGGUGUUUGUCAUCGCUCUUAUCUGGUUCACUGAACAUAUUUUCAACAUGGUUCAUUAUCUUAUAAAACAAAUGUUGGCAGCUUUACCAAAUGCAGCGGAUGACAUUGUACAAAAAGAAGA